AUGGGUAAGAAAGUGACACAAGAUAUCAAUAUUGAGAAGGCUAGAUGGGAUGCGGAGACAACAGAGUUGUUUUUAAAUUUAUGUGUGGAAGAAAUUAGGGCUGGAAAUCGUCCUAACACCCACUUCAGCAGAGUAGGAUGGUCUAAUUUGGUGCAGAAAUUCAAUGAUAAGACUGGAAAAAACUAUGAUAAGGUCAAAUUGAAGAACAAAUGGGAUAAUUUGAAACUUAUGUGGAAAGACUGGGAUACUCUUGUUGGAAAGGAGACUGGCUUAGGAUGGGAUUGCGAGAAAAAGACAAUUCAAGCGAGUUCUGAAUGGUGGAUUAGGAAGAUCAAGGAAAAUCCAAAUGUAGAAAAAUUCGAGAGAAAAAGGUUUACAAUGUCGAGAGUUGAUGGAAAUGUGUUUUAA